AUGUCGUCGUCCUGGGACAAGAUCAGCGCGGGCCGCGUCUUGGACAUGGCCGAGGCCAAGCACCUCCAGGUCCACGACGACGCCGGCAACCUCGUGCCGGCCAUGCGCCGGGGCUCGACGCGCGUCCUCGGCGCGGCCCGGGGUCUCGACGCCGACGCGGCGCGGGUCCACCGGCGGCGCCUGAGCAGCCUCGAGGAGUCCGCGCGCUGCUACGCCGCCGUGUCGAAACACGUCGAGCGCGCCAAGGCCGACGGCGCGUACUACGAGCUCGAGUUCGCCGAGCCGCGCCUCGGGUUCACGGUGGCGCUCGCGCGGCACCACGCGGCGUCGGCGUCGCCGCGGAGCCCGCGCGCGCGGAGCUGGUGCACGCUCAGCGUCGAGGACAUGUCCGACGAGCGACUCUUCGAGUCGCGGCUGAGGCCGCGCGACGAGGUCGUGACGCUCGCGGGCCAGGCCGUCGCGAUCCGCGACGACGACGGCUACGACGACGCGCAGCGCUACGCGGCCUUCGGGCGCAUCAAGGCCCAGAUCCGCGACGCGCCGCGGCCCGUGACCUUGGGGUUCGUCGAGGGCGCGGGCCGCGACGCCGCGUUCGCGGAAUGCCUGAAGCGGCGCGAGCUCGCGGCGGAGGACAAGGCGCGCGCGCGCGCGGCGACGGCCGCCGCGGGCGCGGCGCUGCGGACCGCGGCGGACGACGCGCUGCGCGACUGCGAGGACAUGGCGCGCGCCGCGGACGCGGCGGACGCGGCCGACGAGGUCGCGUUCGCCGCGAAGGCGGCCGCGGCCGCGGCCAAGGCGACGCGCGCCGCGGCGAAGCGGGCGCGGACGCGCGUCGUCGACGCGCGCCUCGGCUACGCGGCCGCGCGCGACCCGGACUUUGUCCUCGAGGAGGCCGAAGCGACGGACGCGCACUGCGUCGCCGCGCGCGCCAAGGCCGCGCUCGCCGCGGCGCCGCGGAGGCCGCCGCCGCCGCCGCCGCUGCCCUGGACCGAGGACCUGGAAUUGGCGCUCCUGGCCUGGGCGUCGGACCACGCGCGGCCCGGCGCGGCGCCCGGCGCGCGCGUCGACUGGACGGGCGCGGCCGCGGCGUUGUUUCCCGGCGCGGCGUGCGACGCGGCGCGCCUCGCGGCGAAGCUCGCGGCCCUCGUCGGCGGCGCCGACGCGCCCGACGCCGUGCGCCGGGCCUACCAGAAGAAGAGGCGCGAGGCCGCGGCGCGGCGCGCGGCGGCGCCGCUGCCCUUCUCCGCGGCGGACGAGGCCGCGAUCCGCGAGUGGGCCGCGGCGCGCGCGAUCGUCGGCGCCGACGGCCGCGACGCCGUCGACUGGGCCGGCGCCGCGGCGGCGCUCUUCCCGGGCCGGGGCGUCGACGCGGCCCAGAUCGCCGAGUGCCACCGGCGCCUCGCACGCGCCGACGCCGCGCGCGCCGCGCGGAGGCGCGACCGCGACCGCGCGGACCGCUUCCGCAAGCUCGAGGCGGACCGCGCGCGCGCGGCGCGCCGCGACCGGGACCGCGCCGCGGCGGACGCCGCGCGCGAGGCCGACGCGCGGGACCGCGCGCUCGAGGCCGAGCGCCUCGCGCAGGACGACCGCAUCCGGCGCCGCGCGGACUCCGACGAGCGGCGCCGGGCCGCGGACGACGCGGCCGCGGCGACGCGCGCCGACGACGCCGCGGCGGCCGCGCGCCUCGCGCGCCGGUCGCGCGCGGCCCUCGACCGCUGCCUCGCCGCGGAGCGGCGCGUCCGCGCGUGCUCGCGCGCGGCCGUCCGCGCCGCGCGCGACGCGGAGCACGUCCAGGCGCUCAUCGAGGCCGCGGCCUUCCGCUGCGCCGCCGCGGACGAGCGGGGCGUCGCCGUCGAGGCGAAGCGCCUCGCCGCGAGCCCGCGGUAG